UCCUUUUGGGUCGAUUUUUUUUUCAUUUUUUUUUAUGUUAGGUUGGCAAGGUCGAAUAUCGUUGUUUUUGGUUAUAGAUUUGUUGUUUACUAUACAAAGUUUGUAAAUUUUCUUUGUGGGUUUGAUUUAAAUUAAAUUAUUAAAUGCAUUUCUUAUUGGAUCUAGGUGUUCAGUCUUAAUGCUUGAUGUAAUGUUUUCGAUAAUGAUUAUAAUUUGAUUUUCUGUCAAGUUUGCCUUUCUUUUUUUGUUGAUUGAGUGUAAUUAGAGUGAGAAUUUGGCGUUGUUUGCAAUGCUUUUGGAACAAGCAUGGAAUUAGGUCUCAAAAAUUUGCAUCAUUUUAGGUCAUGUGUCUGUUGGGAGUGUGAUCAAUCAUUUCUAAGUCACCAGACAAUGUUGGUCUUGCUAAACUUGGUAAUCGAAGAUAUCUCUUGUAUUGAACUGACUUUGAUGGGCACUUGUGAAUGGCUCUUGGAGCUGGUUUGUGCUUGUGAUGCGGGUAUUGAUGAUGAUGGCGGUGCAGCAAUUUGUUAUUAAGUCUGUGGUUAACGGAACUCCUCCUUUUGUUGAUUACACUCUUUUGUAGAUCUGAUUAGGAAAACCGUUCUAUCACGGACUAGAAAUAAUUAUUUUUCCAAGGGAUGGUUUAGUAUCUUUAUUGGGUUUCAUUAAUUUCUACAAACCUUAUUCUGGCUCUUGACAUUAUGUGUUGAAAAUGUAUGUACUCUUAAGCAGAAUCUGACAGCCUGAGAUAUUGGAAACUAGUCUAUCAAACAUAAAAAAAAAUUAGUUAAUAUCAUUUGCCAUAUAUUUUAGAAUAUGGAGGUGCCAAUUUCAGUGCAAGGACCGAAGCAGAAUAUGCAAAACCAAGCUCGAAAGGGUCCAUCUAAUGGUUCCCAUAAAGAUCUGUGGCUUGUGGUGCGAGAAGGUUCCUUGGCUGAUGUAGAUUCAGCGCUGGCACUACUUAAGAAGAAUGGAGGUAAUAUUAAUUCAAGGAACAUGUUUGGCCUGACUCCUCUUCAUAUUGCAACUUGGAGGAACCACAUUCCCAUUGUUAGGAGGCUUCUUGCAGCUGGUGCUGAUCCUGAUGCUAGGGAUGGAGAAUCAGGUUGGAGUAGUCUUCAUAGAGCUUUCCAUUUUGGUCAUCUUGCGGUAGCAAGUGUCCUUCUUCAGUCCAGUGCUUCAAUUACAUUGGAGGACUCUAAGUCUCGUACGCCUAUUGAUCUCCUAUCUGGGCCUGUAUUGCAGGCCAUUGGAGAUGGACAUGAUUCAGUGACUACUGAGGUGUUUAGCUGGGGAAGUGGUGCCAAUUACCAAUUGGGAACUGGAAAUGCUCACCUACAAAAGCUACCUUGCAAAGUUGAUGCACUUCAUAGUUCUUUAAUUAAAUUGGUCUCUGCUGCUAAGUUCCAUAGCAUAGCAGUUAGUGCUCAUGGUGAGGUCUAUACCUGGGGAUUUGGAAGGGGUGGCCGCCUUGGGCAUCCUGAUUUUGAUAUCCAUAGCGGUCAAGCUGCAGUAAUCACUCCCCGUCAGUUGACAUCCGGUCUAGGGUCACGCCGCGUGAAGGCAAUUGCAGCUGCCAAACAUCAUACUGUUCUUGCUACUGAGAGUGGGGAAGUCUUCACCUGGGGAUCCAAUAGAGAGGGCCAACUUGGCUACACUGUGGAUACCCAACCCACACCUCGAAGGGUGAGUUCAUUAAAGUCAAGGAUUAUUGCUGUUGCUGCAGCAAACAAGCACACGGCCGUAGUUUCUGAUUCUGGUGAAGUUUUCACAUGGGGUUGCAAUAAAGAGGGUCAACUUGGUUAUGGCACAUCUAACUCGGCAUCUAAUUACACCCCGAGAGUGGUUGAGUACUUGAAAGGCAAGACUUUUAAAGGAGUUGCAGCGGCUAAAUAUCACACAAUUGUAUUAGGAGCAGAUGGGGAGGUAUACACAUGGGGUCAUCGACUUGUUACUCCAAGACGUGUUGUAAUUGCUAGGAAUUUGAAGAAAAGUGGUAAUAGCCCCUUGAAGUUCCAUCGCAUGGAACGACUUCAUGUGGCUUCUAUAGCUGCAGGCAUGGUUCACAGCUUGGCUCUCACAGAUGAUGGUGCAUUAUUUUAUUGGGUGUCUUCUGAUCCCGAUCUUAGAUGCCAACAGCUAUACUCAUUGUGUGGAAAAAAAGUGGUGAGCAUAUCUGCGGGGAAGUACUGGAAUGCUGUGGUUACAGCUCUGGGUGAUGUGUACAUGUGGGAUGGGAAAGAAGGUAAGGAUAAGCUGCCAGUUGUCACUCGGUUACAGGGUGUAAAAAAAGCUACUGCUGUUGCAGCUGGUGAAACACAUCUCUUGAUUGUUGGUUCUCUCUAUCAUCCUGUCUAUCCUCCCAGUGUGGUUGAUUGUCAUCAGAAGCAGAAGUUGCAAGAUUGUGAUGAAGUAGAAGAGCUUGAUGAAGAUUUUAUGUUUAGUGAUAGAGAGUCUAAUCACAGGUCAUCCCCUGUACAAAAGGAUGAUUCUGAACAAAGGCCCGUACCAAGCUUAAAAUCUCUAUGUGAAAAAGUGGCUGCAGAAAGUCUAGUUGAGCCACGAAAUGCUGUACAAAUGCUUGAAAUUGCAGAUUCACUUGGGGCAGAAGAUCUGAGGAAGCAUUGUGAGGACAUUGCUAUUCACAACCUUGACUAUAUUUUGACUGUUGCAUCACAUGCUUUUGCAAGUGCUUCACCUGAAGUUCUUGCUAAUCUUGAAAACCUGUUAGACCUAAGGUCAUCCGAAGCUUGGAGUCAUCGUAGGCUCCCAACACCAACAGCUACUUUUCCCGUAAUCAUGAAUAGUGAAGAGGAGGAUAGUGAAUGUGAUAUUCCAAGGACACGAGACAAUCAUGAAAAGAAGUCAAGCGUGAGGAUUGCAGAGCAAAGAUCAGAUUUCUUUCUACAGUCUGAAGAUGAUCCUAGCCAAGGCAUCUCCAAAAGAGUUCGUGCAUUACGAAAGAAAUUACAGCAAAUUGACAUGCUUGAAGCCAAACAAUCUAAUGGGCGCCUUCUUGAUGACCAACAACUUGCGAAGCUUGAAACAAGGUCGGCUCUUGAAAGUUCGCUAGUUGAGCUGGGUGUACCAGUUGAGAUGGCUCAGCCGAAAACAUCAGUUGUAGUUUCAUCUGAUGUCAAAGGGAAUAAAAAGUCUGAGGCAUCAAGAAAACAAAGAAGAAAGAGCAAACAAAAGGGAGUACAAGUGGAAACAGUUUCUGGUUUUACUGGAACUGAAGUAGCACCAAACCUAAGAAAGGAUCCAUUACAUGUUGAGAUCUCUCAAAUUUCUUUUGGUAAGGGGGAAGAAACCAUAUUUGAGGAAAGUGUAGGAGACCAAGCCUUCAAAGAGCUUGCCUUUCUUGUUCAGAAGAAAGACAGUUCUGACUUACCAAAGAAUAAGAGUUCAUCUCCGGCAGUAUCCAAGAAGAAAAAUCGCAGGGGUGGGCUUUCAAUGUUUCUCAGUGGUGCUCUUGAUGAGACCCCCAAAGACGCUGCUCCUCCACCUCCACAAACACCAAGAACUGAGGGUCCUGCAUGGGGUGGGGCUAAGGCGUCUAAGGGAUUUGCUUCACUUCGGGAAAUCCAGGACGAACAGAGCAAAAUCAAGUUGAACCAACCAACUAGGAAUAAAGAUCAGUUGGAUGAUUAUUCUGACGGUAGAAGUGAGGGGAAAUUUCUGUUGAGUUCCUUCUUGCCUUCAAAACCAAUACCAGUGGUCUCAUCAGGUACAUUGGAGGCAUCUGAUGCAGAAAGAAGCCCACCUCCUUGGGCUUCUGGAACUCCUCCACUUCUUUCCCGACCAUCACUUAGAGACAUCCAAAUGCAGCAGGGAAAACAUCCGCAGAAAAAUUCCUAUAGUCCAAAGACAAGGACAGCUGGAUUCGCAAUUUCUAGUGGUCAGGGGUCGCCAUCAGAUUCUCCAGGGAUGAACCGUUGGUUCAAACCUGAGACUGACACUCCCUCUUCAAUUCGUUCAAUUCAGAUUGAAGAGAAAGCUAUGAAGGACUUGAAGCGCUUCUACAGCCGCGUCAAGAUUGUGAAGAACCCAACUUAAAGAAUAACAGCAGCUGGAUACUUGCUUUGGUAUGUGGCAAUUACCAAUUAGGCUCUUCUUUUUUGCUUCUUUUUUUCAGUUCAUUCCAUCACUCUGAAUUUAACUGUACAGACUGAUUUUGUACAUUCAGGUUUUAAUUUAUUUUAGAUUAGCGGAUGUACAUUCUCUUCUUUAAACUAAUCACUCCUUUCUUUUUUCUUGAAAUAAUUAUAAAUUUAGUUUUUUAACUUUU